CAUGUUUGGACCAGAGUUUUCGUGGGGACAUGGAAUGUCGGCGGAAAAUCACCAGUAGGAAGCCUAGCUGCAGAUUUGGAUGAAUGGCUAAAUUUAAAGAACUCAGUGGACAUCUACGUUCUUGGGUUUCAAGAGGUUGUCCCUCUUAAAACAAUGACAGUAAUUGGACUGGAAGAUUAUACAGACGCGAGAAAAUGGAACCUGUUGAUAGGAAAAACUCUCAACAACAAAGUUGGGUGUGUUUGGUUGACACCUACGAUGAAUUCUCCAAUAAUUAGUGAUGACUACGAGUAUGCCAAACCUUCGAAUUCUAGAGGACAAUCAAGAUUUAGAAGGAGCACAACUCCGCAGAGAGAAAGAAUGAAAACUCUACAUGGUGGGGAGCAGGGAGGAAAUCCUGCAUAUAAACUGAUGGCCAGCAAGAAGAUGGUGGGAAUCUUCAUAAGUGUAUGGAUGAAAAGGGAUAUUAUAAGGAAGUACCGAGUUUCAAAUGUGAAGGCGUUUCCAGUUGCUUGUGGUAUAAUGGGUUGCCUGGGAAACAAAGGUGCUGUCUCAGUCAGCAUGUCAAUAGAUGGAACUAGUUUUUGCUUCAUUACUGCUCAUUUGGCUUCUGGCCAGAAGAAAGGGGAUGAAUUGCGAAGAAAUCAACAGGUAGGGGAGAUCUUUAAGCGAACAGCCUUCCCUCGUCUUCCUCAAGAGUUUGAUGAUCCUCUUCCUCCCACCAUAUCCGGACACGACCGAAUAUUUUGGUUUGGGGACCUGAACUACCGACUAUGCAUGGACGAUGACAAGGCCAGGGAGUUAAUAAGAAAGAAGAAGUGGAAAGAACUGCAGAAGUUUGACCAGCUUAAGAAGGAACAGCAACGAGGAGUAUUCCAAGGAUGGAAAGAAGGAGAUAUUGAGUUUGCACCAACAUACAAGUACUCUGUAGAGCUUGGCAAUCGAUACACAGGAGAUAAGCAUGCCCCCUUCAAUCCAAAUACAGGAGAAAAGAGAAGAACCCCAGCAUGGUGUGACAGGAUUAUGUGGUUCGGGAAAGGGAUACAACAACUUAAUUAUGUUCGUGGAGAAAGUAAAUUCUCUGACCAUAGGCCGGUCUCUGCCCUUUUUACCAUAGAAGUAGAUGUCCUGGGACCUGCUAAUUCAAAGACGGUUGCACUAAGCAAGUUUCUUACUUCAAUGAAUCUCUCUAGAUUUGAUACACCUCAAGGCCAAUCCACCACCCCUAAACGUACGUUAUUAUCACUGAUCAAGGCAGAAACAGAAGAAUCAGCACGUGAGACAGUAGAUAAUACUCAAAAUAGAUCAUAGUAUUAAGCUGGUGUUUCACAUGGCACAUUGCUACAGCUUACCAGGGUUCUAUAGGUGAAAAUAACUACCACACAUCCCUCUUCCAUAUCAAUAUUCAUGUUUAUAGCCCCAUACAAUUUUUAUUCUUUCAUCUUCUCUUCUUAAGCACCAAAUAGGUGAUAGAAGUGGAGAGGGGAUGCUUGGACAUCAGUUGUAAUUUUUCUCCGCUUUUCCCCUCUUUUCUUUUAGCAGAAGAUAAAAACACAAAGUACACAAAACAAUGUGACAAAAGCCAUUCAUGCAAAACUGAGGGGAAAAGGCACCAGAGUUUUGUGUAUACAUUGAUCAUUUACACAAAAGUGCUUGCAAAAAAUAGAAGGAUACAAAUUGAAGUAACAAACAGGCUGCUCUACAGUGUACAUAUGCAACUUUUCUCACUUCUUUACAACAUCGUAUCUUACUUGUAUAUCCAACUGAUGGGUAAUUAAAUGGUUUUCACAUAUAAUGUAUCUCAAAAUCUGUGACUUAGACUAUUAUGGAAUGAGAUACGUUAAUCAAUUAUCAACAUGAAUAAAGGGCAAAACCAUAUGCAAUGCUUACAGGAAAUCAACUUAGCUCCAUUGCCUGAAGUAGUUCUUCCAAGGCUUCUGAAUUAUCAAGAUGACAAGUAGGACAAAUACACUUCCUUUGCAACUCCUCACUGAAGAGAGCACAUUUCUCCUCCACAUUAGAAGUCUGCUUGUAUCCAGUCAAAGACAACAUGACAUGUAUAGUUAUUUUAAGCAAGAAUUUAUACAGAUACACUAGUAAUAACAGGAAUUUAUCCUUUUUGGACCUUUGCUAAAAAAAAUAGAGAAAUUUAUAAGAUUAUCAAGAAAUUAACUUCUCAACAAAUAUCUUAGUGUAAGUGAUUUUUUUUUUAUAGUCUAUGUCAACAAGUGGUUUAUUCCGCAUAGCAAUAGCCAAUAAGAUAUAGGAUAACUACUAAAACCAAUGCAUGCAAAGGUUGUAUGCAUUUCUAAUGAUGUAUGCCAUUCUGAAAUAUAGAAAAGUUGGCAAUGCAUCCUAAAAUUUAUGUACCAAUAGCUAGCAAUGAAUUCCAGUGCAGAUGUUAUGGGAAGAAAAUUAGCAGAUCCUUUUAAACUUAACAAAUGACAAUGUCCUUU